GUUCUUUCUAGCAACCUCCUGUUCGUUGAAACAUUGUGAGGUACGGUAUAUGGUGAUCAGUAGGCGCACCUGAUAUUGAAAUAUUGCGAACUUCUUCAUCCUUGGGAACGCGCACAGAUGGCACCGGAAAGAAAUCCGACAGAGACCUCCCCGUUGCUCGGAGAACAGAGCAAUGCUCUCCCUCCUUCAACGGGGACCAUUCCCAGAGUCCAAGGUGAAUAUGGUGCUUACUCGGAACAGCAGACUAGAGGAGAUGGAGAUGCACAAACAAAGACUGUAGCUCUCCGGUACAUCGUCCCGGCAGUCUCUAUAGGAGUCUUCCUCUCUGCAGCAGACCAGACUAUUAUUAUGGCCAGUUAUGGCCAGAUUGGAAGUGACCUCAAGGCUCUCAAUUUGACCAGUUGGAUAGCCACUUCGUACUUCCUGACACUCACGUCAUUUCAACCCCUGUAUGGCAAAUUGAGUGAUAUUUUCGGCCGAAAACAAUGUCUCUUAUUUGCGUAUGCUAUUUUUGGGACGGGUUGUUUGUUCUGUGGCUUAUCACGGAAUAUAAAGCAUCUCAUUGCUGCACGUGUCUUCCAAGGUAUCGGAGGAGGUGGUAUGACCACUGUUGUUAGUAUUUUAAUGAGUGAUCUUGUUCCCCUACGUGAGCGAGGAGUAUGGCAGGGCGUUAUCAAUAUCGUCUAUGCCACUGGUGCAGGAAUUGGUGCACCCUUGGGUGGUAUCUUGGCUGAUUUUAUCGGCUGGCGUUGGGCUUUUAUCGCGCAAGUGCCGCUCUGCAUCAUGGCAUUUACAGCGGUGUCGUUAAUGUUGGACUUACCAGUGCAAGAAGACACUCACUGGAAAGCCAAGCUUCGUCGUGUUGACUUUGCUGGAGCGAUUGUCCUUGUUGGUGCCGUGCUCGGCUUCCUCCUUGGUCUCGACCGGGGAAGUAAUGUGUCAUGGACCAUGCCGUUGACAAUUGUGUCUUUGUCGGUUUCUGCAAUGCUGUUCAUUCUUUUUGUUAUCAUCGAGGUAUACUUCGCAGCCGAACCAUUUGCUCCCGGAUACAUCAUCUUUGACCGGACAUUCUUCUCUAUGUAUGUUUGCAACUUUGCCAGUUUUGGCAGCUGGCUUGCGGCACUCUUCUACAUCCCGCUGUAUUUCCAAGCGGUUGACGGUGUCUCUGCCACUGUAUCUGGACUACGACUCCUCCCGAGUAUUUGUACCGGGGUUUUCGGUUCUCUCUUUGCUGGAUUUGUCAUAAAAUGGACCGGACAGUACUACUGGCUAACUGUGGCGGGUUAUGUCUCGCUUACUCUUGGAAUCACCGGAGUCUUCAUUUUCUCUGGUGAUGCAGUGCCCAGCGUCGUUGGUAUGAUUGUAUCUAUGGUUUUUUCUGCUUUUGGAAACGGCAUUGGUGUUACGACGACAUUGAUUGGAUUAAUCUCAAACGCCAAUCCCGAGGAUCAAGCAGUUGUGACUGCCUGUUCAUACCUCUUCCGCUCGCUAGGAUCAGUAAUCGGGCUCUCUCUGUCCUCCACAGUGGUCCAGCAACUCCUCCGAACUCGACUGAGGUCUGCGCUGCACGACAGCAAAGACAUCGACCAGAUCGUGGACGGAGUGCGACAAAGUCUCGACUACAUCAAAACCCUCGAUCCGGCAAUCGCCAAGAUUGUUCGCGGCUCUUAUGGCUGGGCAACGAACAAAGGGUUCGCGUUUAUGAUUGGCAUUGUCAUAUUUUCUCUUUUGGGCAGCUUCUUUAUCCGCGAGAAGAAGCUUAACCGUUGAAUAUCGUCUCGCGUAAUGAGCACUAAGUAUCAUAACGUUUUACGAACUAAAGGAGAAAAGGGUGGGAGAGGUAUCUGGUUGAGGAAUGUAUGCUGGAGGUGGUUGUAUGUAUAAAAGUUGCUCUGAUGUUGUAUUUAUGAGACCUUUUGAGCCUGCGACUUGUUUGGUAGAAAGGUUUAAAGUGUAAAUCAUUUAUAAUAUUUAAAUAAGAAACUUAUCUAUAUUAUAUAGUAAGAUUGUCCUCGUUCAUGCAGAAGGCGGUCUCCGCUGGGCA